CGCAAACCAAAGCCAACGCGUAAACAAAUCGCGAAAAAGCUGCGGCCUCAUCUUCAUCGUCAUCUUGCUCUCGGUCUCCGUCUUCUCGAAUAAGAAGGGGACGCGCCGUCUCCCUCCUCCUCUCCGCCGUCCUUGCGCCUCCAACUGCGCUUCUCUUCUCCAGCGCCGACGGGACUAGGGGAGGACCAAAUGCCCGCCCCAAAGCGCCCGCUUUCGCCUCCUCCCGUCCACUCCAUCCCCGCCUCGGAUGAUACCCCUCCCUCCGCGAUGCCCCUCGCCGACCCGCCUCCGCUUCUGCUGAAGCAUGAGCCUGAUGUCGAGGACAGGGAGGCCACUGCACAGGAACUGCGGGAUGAUUUCGAUGGACGGGUUGGUGGCGGAAGAUCGUCGGACGAGGGUGACGAGGAGGAGGAGGAGGACGACGAGGCGGAAAAACCGGAAUUUAUUUUUGUGAAACUUGCUGACAUUCGGAAAGAAGUGCAAUGCCCUAUCUGCUUAGGAAUAAUACGCAAGACAAGGACAGUAAUGGAAUGCCUUCAUCGGUUUUGUAGAGAAUGUAUUGACAAAUCAAUGAGGCUUGGAAAUAAUGAAUGUCCUGCAUGCCGCACACACUGUGCAAGUCGGCGUUCUUUGAGGGAUGAUCCCAACUAUGAUGCCCUUAUAGCAGCGCUAUAUCCUGACAUUGACAAGUAUGAGGAGGAGGAGCUGGCUUUCCAUGAAGAGGAGAAAUCCCGCAAUAAGAAGAUACAAGCAUACAUAGCUGAAACGUUUCGACGACAAUCUGAAGCUCUUGGUAGGAGAAGGUCAUCCACUAGAGCUAACACACCAUUUGGAAGAAAACCACAAGGAAGUUACCAAGGCCAUCUACGUGGUCGAGGCAGAAAUAUUGGUAACGAUGCUGCAGUUAUCGGGUCUGAUGAAGAAGAAGAAACCAAUGCCAAUGAUGAAUCCAAAGAUUCCUCAUCUGCGGAUGAACCCUCCCCAGACCGAAAGCCAAAGAGAUGCAAGAGAUGGGGGGCACCUCCAGCCAGAACAGCAGGAAGUGUAGACAUGGCUGAAGAGAAUGAGGAUUUUGAAAUCAACAGAGAGCCUCUUGGUACAUUGCCUUUGCGAGCAGGAAACAGAGAGAUGCUCGCAUGGGGGAAGAAUGGCACUCGGAGUCAAACUAGACAUAAUACUUCUGGCGGUUCAAAUGGCAGGUUGACAAAAGGGGGACGCGUUGCCAAAUUGGUUGAUUAUCUUCGGAAUCUAGAAGAAGUUGAUGACGAGUUUGAUAUACACUUGACCCUGAUUCCUUUGGAUAAGGAAAGCAUGCCAAAUUUGGAACGACAAUUUCUUAGCUGCAGGCCGACCAUGUCAAUCAAACACCUGUACCAAUUUAUUGCUCUUCAGACAUCCACACUACUUGAAGGAGUUGAAAUAUAUGCAAGGAAACCUCGAGUAGAAACAAUGUCAAUGAGGUGUGCCCGCCCAGAGGGUGAGCCAUCUACUGAUCCUUCUUCGGCAGGCCUACUGAGAUUGGAGGGAGAAGAAUCCCUUACCACACUCUAUGCUUCUUUCACUAGUGAUAGUAGGGAGCUGGUUCUGGUUUAUCGUCUGAAGAUUGAGAGCUAGAAAACUCAGCAUCGAAGGAAAUUGUGUAUACAACACCAACAUGCCUAUAGUAUAACAAAACAACUACUAAUGGCUGGUUUCGAGAGGCAGUGGUUAAACAAAGGCGCGAUCGAACCCAUUGUGGAAAAAGUUAACUUCCAUGCUGAUGCCCAUUAUUACUAAGCUUAGGGUUUAGCGAUUAGCCAAAUGAGUAGACAAUGGCUGUCGAUAUUGUUUAGUUAAAGUAUGUUUGUUGUUAUUUAAUUGUUCACUUGAAGGUGAAGUUGUUUACCUGUAGCUUGUAGACAUCUACUCAAUGAAAACUGCAUCUGAUCUCAUGUUAUAUCCUUUGGUUUCUUGACGCUGAACAGAAGAGUUAUUUUAAUUUUAGGAUAAUUUCAUCUUUUGAAGGGUUA